AUUUUUUGCAUUUCACCAGUUGUUGUCGCGCAUGUGUCUUUAUUUAAUAAAAGUCAGCAUAAAUGCUGACGUUCAUGGAAUAUACAAAUGAUAUACAUUAUUUUGUUGAUUAUUUCAAGUUUAACUAUGGGGAAUGCAGAAGUUCAGCAACGCGAAGUAUGUCCUCCCUGUGAUACCUUGAAAGAAUGUGAACAAAUUGUAUGCAGCAGUACUUUAAUAAAUGGAUCUUUUGUACCGGAAUAUGUAAUUGGAUGUGAGUUAGCCUGCCCUUUUGGUGAAAUCACCUGUCAAAAGCAUGAAGACGGUAAAAUUAUGUGGUCACCAGUGGAUCCAUGUUCACCUCUUGAAACAACCACACAAUCUUCAACUUUGACGUUCACACCAUUCAUUAUGAAUAGUACUUUAGUUUCAACUGAUAUACCUCAAUUAAACACAACUACAUAUUUCGAUGACUUCAAUCAAACUGUCAGCUCUACACAAAGCGUCAGUGUUGAAAUCACCAGCCCAGAUUCUGAAAUUUAUGCAGAAAAAUAUGUUGGCCUUACGAAAGCAUGGACUUUAUUUUGGCUUGUACCAUUAAUUUUAUUUAUUACAGUCCCCACCUUAUUUUUUUGCUGUCUAGUUAUUCAUCAUUUUCACAAACACAGAGGAAAGGUGAAAUUCCCUCCAUCGAAAAAACACCUCGGUGAUGUAAUGGAUCCUUCAACUACUUGGGUUGAACGUUCUCAACCACAGAUACAUAGAAAGUCAAAAUUACGAAAAAGUCAGUACCCUAAAACUAAAAACAAUGUUAACAUUUCUGAUGAAUCACCAAAUAAGUCUGAUGGAAAUACUACUGAUGAUGUAAAUAAUUGCUCAACACCAAAGUACAGUAAAUUUAAAUCAACAAAGCAUUCGUUGAGGGGAGCAGCAUCGCCAAGUUUAAAUAGAAGACUUAUAAACUGGCAAGAUUCAGGUAUUCAUGAAUUCGCUGUUCCGCCUAGUCCUAAGUCUGCAGCUGCAAUAAGCAUGAGUAAAACGUCAUUAAACCACUCUCCAAAUAGUGAAAUUUAUCCCUCCCAAACCCCUUUGUACUUGAGAAAUUCAUCUUCACACCUGAUUUCACCAACCCUAUCUAGUAGUUCAAGAUAUCCUGAAGAAUUACGGUCAGUGAGUCAGUGUAGCAUGCUACUUCCAAAAGCAUCAAGUCAGCAGGCUACAGGUUUAAUCUAUUCAGAUUACCAAAAUCAGAGAGGUACAACAACAACAUUCAAUCCUCAGGAGAAUCAUAACCAACUCACUGAACUCCCUUCUGAUAAAAACCAUUUUGAUCAAACAGUAGUAAUGAUAAAUUAUGAAGACGGUGAAGAUGGAAAUAUGGACACAUGUGAUCAGGUAUCAUCUAUUGUAUUGAAUUCGACAGUUCCACAGCAAAAUCCCAGUGUAUUUCAUCAUCAUCAUCAGUCAUUUAAUGCAUUUACUGAUAAUGAACACCCAGAUAGCAUGUAUGAUUCAAACUACGAUGACUGGACAAUAGGCGAGACAGCCACCAUUCAACGAAUACCUCGUAUUUAAUUGAUAAGAUUUAUUGCUUUUUUUUUUAUAAAUCUAUUUUAUUUCUUUUUCAAUCACUUCCAACAUGCCUCUAUAUAACUUUGUAUAUUGGAGUUCAUGUAAUUUUUAGCCAAAAAAGAAAUAGGGAUGUAAUCAUGCAAAUAAAUUUCCUAAUUUUCCGAAAGACUUUUUAAGAAUAACUCAAAUUAUGCCUUCACUCCUUUUGCCUUUUUAUUCUGUUAUUGAGGAUGUAAUCUGUCAUUUAUAAAUAUUUACUGGCAUUUUGCUUGAAACACUCUUUGUUUUCGUAAGCAUUGCGAGAAAGAAGAUAAUUUUUGAAAUUCCACACUUUUUGUAAAAGACGUUUCGUAGGUUGUUUUGGCUUUCACUCAU